AUGCAAAUAAAAACCAUCUACCAAGAGCUGUACUAUCGUGGACAUUCCGAUGUACGGCGUGUAGAGAUGCCCAGACAUAUACUCGGUGAUAUUCUAGAGAAUAUCUUACUAGAGUUAGACGGCAUAGAAGAUAUCGCAAGAGACUCUCCUCCUCUCUUUGAUUACCCUUCGUUCAUAAGAGAGAUUUCGAUUUACUACAUGUGUUGUGGUAUCAGAUCGUACAUUCUAGAUGCACAGUCCGCGAGUAACGAGGCAAAAUCCAAACGGGGUCCGUACACGGACGUCGAAUGGACCUCGUUUACUCGUCAGACCCAACAAUUUGUUCGCGAACUAUUCAAACUGUUCCUGAGAAGAUCCACAAGUAUUCGUAGCUUGAAUUUGGCAAUGCAGGAGCGUGAUUUCUGUUUGCGCGAGAAUCCAAGUAAAUAUCUGGCGUUGGAUCAUUACACCGACGGUCGGGUUGCGCUGAGCAAGAUGCGUCAAUUUAGCAGUGGCGGCGAAGGAAAGCAAUUUUGUGAUAUACUGUCAAAAUUUUGUCAUAAUCUAGAGUCGUUCAGAAUCGUCUAUAAUUCCGGAGGUGAAUUUGACAAUUUGAUAAAGGCACAGCGACAUUUGCGAAACCUACAAGUACUUCACGUGGACUUGACAGAGGACACAGUGAAGGCCAUAAGUACCCAAGGUGCAAGCUUGAGGUCAAUCGAACUUUGGGGUUGUCUGUUUAAGGGCGUGACGCUGCGAGCGUUGUCCUCGUGUAGACACCUGGAGAGAAUCAUAUUUCACGAUUGCGGGAAUAUGACGAAAGCGGUUUUGGCCCCUCUGGCCACAGCCUCGUUUCCUCGGUUAUCCACCGUCUAUUUUAAAUUUCGAGGACAACUUGAAUCGAAAGAUUUGCCCAUCCACGAACUGGCUCAUCUUGUGGCAAACACAAGAUCCACCCUCACCCAGCUAUGCAUCGAGGGUCUGGGAUAUCCAUGUCCAGAAAUAUUUGAGUCGUUGGUCAAUAGUCAGCAAUUACGGAAAAUCUCUAUGCAAAUCCAAACACUCGAUGAGCUCCCUCUGGUGCUCGGCAUCCUGAAAACAUGUAAAAACCUAAGAUCCGUGUCCAUCGCCGAAAAUCAGAAAUUCUUUGCCGAAAGUUUUGGCUUAACCAUGGAGUUGGUGAGUCAAUAUUUAGAUGCGAAUGAGUUUUUGCCACGUGUGGCACAAAUUCUGUCGGAGCAAGUGCAACAUUUGGUGUUGAACAUACCGAACUGUUGGGUGACGCCAGGAACGUUGAGAGAAUUUUUCAAGGACUGCAAAGCAAAUUUGGAGUACCUGAGGUGGCAGAGCUACGAAGACUCUCGGUUCUUCGUGGAUGUCAUCGAUGAGUAUGGAAGGAAGAUGCAGCGAGAUGUUAAAUACGGAAAUUGGAAGUGGGAACAAGCAAGUGGCCAAUUUGGUCCAGUGACACUGGAUGUAGAGUUUCGCAAGAAGAAUGCUUCGUAUUUUAGGUAUGUAUGCUGA